CCCAAUUUAGCCCUGGUAGCAGUUAAGAAUGACUUGUCGAUCUGAACUGUCGAUAACUGUGGCUUGUGUGGUGUAAUGAUAAUUGUCAAAAGGGGGGCAGAAAGCCAGGAUUCUGCAGAAUGAGGAGCCUCGCCUCCCUGCAUUGACAGGCCUUUUCCCUUUUCCUUCCCUCGUAUGUGGCGUCACGAUCUUUUGAGCGAGGUUGCUUGGGUUGGAGAAUCUUGACUUCUUUAUUUCACUAUUAUCCCUUCUUUUUCUGUCUUUCUUUUAGAGGCUGUAAUCGUUGGCUUUCCAAUCCUGGCCAUCCAUGGUGGAUUCCAUCUUCGUUCGCUACGAGCGCACCGUCUUCGAUGUCUACCAGCAAUUCGAUUCGCUCCUAGAAAAUGGAGAUGCGAAGCCUUUACUCUUAUGGCAUGUGCUAUCUGCCAUGGUUCUACCAUUCUGUGCACUCCUGAUUCCUCAUCGCCCAAGCGGUUGGAUCUUACGGCCCUUUCUCUUCGCUAUCGCCCUCAGUAUCAGCGUUGAGACCAUACGAUAUCGGCGUGCGCUUCUGGGGGCAAAUGGAUACAUAGUCGGACUUAUCAUGGUAUGGUGGCUUGUUUGGAGCUCUACGCUCCUUUUCUUCAAUGAUGCUGAGCGAAACUUUCGGCGGAUUGAGCGAGCGCAAUCCCAUGGGAUUCAAGACGCUGCCAGCCAGCAAAAUGGUCACGCCAGUAAUAAAAUCCAUAAACCAAGUGACACCUUGGGGAGAUCAGGCACUCUGGUAUGGCAACCUUAUCCUCGGUCAUUCAUGCAUCGUCUUGGGUGGAUACUCGCUCUGGUGUUGAACAUGAGAGGCCCUGAUUUCAACUUCAGAAUUUCCUCCUUGGAUCCAUUACCUCCCCAGCUCAAGGCCAAGAAUGAUCCGAUAGAUGAUAAAUGGGUGUGUCCACAAGCUACAGCCCGUAUACGGGCGGCUUUUAUUCGCUUCUUUGUUGCCUACCUCGCUAUAGAUAUCUUAAAACUUACGAUGAUAUGGGACCCUUAUUUUAUGGGUAUCAUAUCCGCGCCACCCCCAUUCCCACUCAACCACCUUUCAGACAUCCCAGGUCUGAUUCGGUUGUAUCGUUCCUUACUUUCUGGUACCGGCGUAUACUUCGCUCUCCAGUUUGUCACUGCUCUUAACCCGAUGUUCUUCCUUGGCCUAUCGACUGCGUUCCCCAAUGCAUUUCGUGCAAUAACUGCGACACCAUUAGAUGAACCGUGGCUCUAUGCCGACCAAUUUGGACCGCUUAACGCAGUACUAGAUGAAGGCCUUAUAGGUACAUGGGGGAAGUGGUGGCACCAGAUCUUCAGGUUCGGAUUCGUAUCCACCGGAAAAUGGACACUCUCGUUGCUCCCAUCAGCAAUCUCGUCCCGUCGCAGCGUGCGACGCACAAUUAUUACCAUUGUUGCCUUCGGAGUCAGUGGGGCGAUUCACGGCUUUGGAAGCUAUACGCAACUCAGCAAUGAGACCCGUCCCAUAACCGAAACGUUCCUCUUCUUUAUCCUACAGCCCGUGGGAAUGUUCAUCCAAGACAUCUGGAACCGUGCCGUGGUGGCGCAACUCAACUGCAAUGGCCUUCCGCCACCGCGCUGGCUGCGUCGAAUUGGCAAUGUUGCUUUUGUGAUUUCUUGGCUUCUUUUCUCGGGAAAUCGCAUUGCAGACGAUUUUGCCAAAGGCGGGAUGUGGUUAACGGAGCCGUUACCUAUUAGUCCCCUUCGAGGGUUGAUGGGCCAAGGGUGGAAUUGUUGGCAGGCCCCCUGGUUUGAGCGUCAUGAUGAUGGAACGUUUUGGGGUAGUGGGGUGCGGGUUAUAUAGUAGACUGACAUUUAGAAUAGACGGAUGAUAGAUGUUUUAUAGAGACUAUAUAGAAUGUUGGCUAGUUUAUUUCAAUAAAAGAAAAUCUCCGGAUGGAGCUAUUAAGUAUUCUUAACUUCAGACAAUGUAGCCAACCAUAGGGUUUACUCGUCGUCUUCCU